CGCCAAGAUUGCAGAAGACAGUCAACUCAAGGCAACCGAAGAGACAAAACUCCUAUUAUCGAAUAUACAGAACAACUUCAUGAGAUCGCUUGAAGAAGCUCAGCGCGGGACGAAAGAGUUGAUAAGCACAACCAGGGAACAGCAAAAUGCAAUUCUAGUUGGCGUUACUCUUACCCAGCAACUGGCCGUUUCCAUUCAGCAGCAAAAAGAGCUCGCCGAAAGACAUGUCAAGGGAGUAGAACAACUCCUGGAGAUGCAGCGAACACAUUCCAAGGAGCUGGCUCAAAUCCAGGAGCUUAUACUCUCUCAAAAAUCCGCUCAUGAAGCUUCAAUGCAUUCACUCACAGGUCAAAUAACAGGUUUAAAAGACACUGUUAACGAGCUUGCUAAAGUCAUUCCUCGCAAUGUACCAAACAUGGACGGUAAUGCUUUUAACCAUCGUCCCAUCCCCCCCAAACCGGUCGCCCUCAGGGUCCCCCAUCUGCCUACCGAUCCCUCGUCCUCUUCACCCAUCCGGGAUUCUGGUCCACAACUUGUAGCAUCUUCGACUGAUCGUCAAUAUUGGGGCCGUCAGGGUUCCUUUAUAGAACGUUUGGAGAGCACACCUCGCAGCACUCGAAUGGGAUGGCAUUUGCACAACCAACUAAUAAACGAGAAGCUCCCGUUUAUUACUAGUGAAACUGCUCAAGUAGGCUGCGGCAUUGGCAUGGACGAUAUCGCCUCUCGCACUACCCAAGUCCGCUCCUCCUCGCCGUUCCUGCUGUCCUCCCCGACUUCAACUGCUCUCGCUCUUGGGGUCAGGCCCCGCCAGACUUCGUCCGGUUUCUCUGCUUCGUUUAAACGACCUUUCGAUAUGAUGGAACGUAACCCCCUUGAAGGUCCACCUUCGUCAACGUCGCCAGGUUCUAGCCUCAUUCCGCUGACAUCGAACCCCCGGCAACCCAGCCGCGCCUCAUCCAGAUCCUCACGUUUUCUAGCUCUGCUACCUUCGCCGACGAUGACUGAGGCACCCACAGGACUUUCGGGAAAAAAUGAAAUUCAGAGGCUGAAAACAUUUGCUUACAGCCGGAAUUCGAUUCUCGAGAACCAACCGCCAGAUGCUAUGGCGGAGCAGGGACAUGUCCGGAAAAAGUUCAAGGUAAUGUAUACUGGUUAUCUUGGUUACGUUCCAUCCAUCUCGUCACCCCGAACAAACUACAGAGGACAAUAUUACAGGACUAGAAGUUGAUGGAGUGCAGAGUCGGCCAGUGCAGGGCCGCGCGUUUCAUAGCUUUGCGCCAGUUGCAGUGCCAGGAUAUCCAUAUGAGUGACAAGAAUUCCAAUCCCGGGCUUGCUGAUGUAGUUUCUACGAUCACCAAUUAAAAUCCCUCCCGGCUCUGGCAUAAGCUCCAGCAGCAGACGAUGCAGCACCGUAAAGCCUAUGCAAUUGCCCUGCCCAGUGAUGC